AAUGAAAGUUGGACCAGUAACGGACCAUAUCCACGGACCUUACCCACGGACCUGUGACGUACAUGAUAUGGCGUUUUAUUUUUGAAAGUGUUUCCGCGCUUCACUGACACCUGGACAACACAAGAACAACGGUUUCCACCGGAAACUCGAAUUCGCGCUCUAUUCCUCGUGUUAGCGGGAGUGUUUGUUUCUUUGUUUCUUUGUUUCUUUGUUUUUGUUUUUUUGGAUUAAAACUUUCUGACGAUGUCGCCGAAAUCCACGUUUCCGGCCAUUUUCUGGUGUUUAGCAGCAGGUGUGGUGGCGUGUUACGCGCAGGAAUGUGGCAGACCACCUCUCAUGGAGAACAGGAUCGUGGGAGGGGCGGACUCUGAGGACGGGGCGUGGCCCUGGCAGGUGGACAUACAGACCACCAGUGCCGGUCACACGUGUGGAGGCUCCAUCAUCACAGAGAGCUGGGUCUUAUCUGCCGCUCACUGUUUCCCAAAUCCGUCAGACGUGAGCUCCGUCAUCAUCUACGCCGGGCGGCGCGACCUGAACGGGUUCAACCCGCACCAGUCCACACACCGCGUCGUACAGGUGGUGGUCCCGUCCGGGUACACGGAGCCUCACGGCGGGAGCGACUUGGCCCUGGUGCAGCUGACUCCCCCGGUGACCUGGUCGGAUCACAUCCGUCCCAUCUGCCUGCCAGCAUCCAGCACGCUGUUCCCCAGUGGCAUGACGUGCUCUGUCACUGGCUGGGGAAACAUCAGGGAGGACGUCCCUCUGUCAGGAGUCGGGACUCUGCAGGAAGUGCAGGUGCCAAUCAUCUCCCAGGCCUCGUGUCAGAGCAUGUACCAGGUGAACCCGGCCGAGCAGGUGGACAUCCUCUCUGACAUGAUCUGUGCUGGAUACCAGGCGGGCGGCAAGGACUCCUGCCAGGGGGACUCAGGAGGACCUCUCAUGUGCCAGAUGGUGAACGGGACCUGGGUGCAGGCAGGAGUGGUGAGCUUCGGCCUGGGCUGCGCUCAGAGUAACCAGCCCGGCGUGUACGCCAGAGUCACCAGCUUCACCAGCUUCAUCACCAACACGGUCCCAGAGAUCCGUCUGUACGGCCGAGCCCAGCGCCGCUGGUGUGGGACGACGGCAGCGGCCGCGGUCACCUGUCUGUCCACUCUGCUCGUCUGGCUGCACAAUUAAAUCACAUGGAACGUGUUUGUUUGGGAAGCACAAAGUGAAUGAGUGAAUAUCUGUGUUAAAGGGUUAGAAAGUUACUGCUGUUUGCGUCACACACACACGUGACGAUGGAGCGAGAGUUUCAAAUGUGACACAAACUUUUUUCAAAUGGGAAACGCCGUGUGUUUGUUUAGAUAAUAUAAGUCAGUAUCUCAAAGAAAAAUCGGAAUGAUCCCUUUAAGUCUGACGAGUGAAAUGAACAAACCAUGUGACGUGCACAUGGAGCCGCACUAAACAGCUUUGAUAGGUUUGUAUUUUUAACUAGAAAAUGAUUCAAGCAAAUCAAAAUGUUUUAGAUUUGAAAUAAAUUGUUAUUGUGAUUAUUAAAAUUAUCUCACUGAA